AUGUAUCGGAGCAGUUACCUGCGUGAAGUUCGCAAGGAGAAGUACGAAAGGUCAGAUGCUUAUGAAGAACUGCCAGAAACACCAGAAUUUGGCAGUCUUGCCCAAGCCCAAGGCCUGGAGAACCUGCAAGAACUCAACGAACGGUUCACCAACUACAUCAAUCGGGCCCGGGUACUUGAACAACGUAACGCCAUCUUCCGCAAGCAACUGGAGACAUUCCAGCGUGUGGAUGAACUGGCUGGAUUGGAAGAGGUAUUUUCUGUGCAGGUUGAGCUCAGCCGCCAGCGUAUCCGUGAACUGGCCUCAGACAAACUGAAGCUGGAACGUGAGGAGAAAGAUGCUCAACGCAUGCUGGAUGAAUUCCAGAACAAAUAUAGGAAUGAAUGUGAGUAUCAGCAGAUGCUGAAAACAACCCUUGAGCAACUUAAUAAGGAAGCCGAUGAAGCUUUGCUGCAGAAUUUGGAACUACAGAUUGAUGUGCAGUUCCUGCAAGACGAUGUUAAUGCCACGAAGGAAAGAUACAAGAAGAAUCUCAUGGAAAUACAGACGUAUGUCAGCAUUUUGCAACAGAUCAUGCAAGUGACUCCUCGAGUGUCCAACAUCACAGCUGGAGUUAGUGAGGAGAAGCUCGUCACUGAGAGGAAAAUACCAAUUCUUCAGAGCCAGUUAGAAGAAUACAAGAGCAUUCUUUGCCAGCUCCAGGCUCAGAAAGUUAAACUGCAGACUGAGACAACAAUACUAGAACAAGCCAUUAAGAACACCCAGGAGAGCUAUGAUGAUGAGCUUCAGCUGUAUAAUGAUCAGAUUGACACUCUGAGGAAGGGCAUAGAAGAUGCCGAGAGGACCUUGGAAAAAUACACCAAUGACUGCCGUCAGCUCUCCAUUUAUAGGCAGUCCUUGGAGAGUGAACUGGAGCGCUACAAACGUAUUAUUGAAAAUGAGGACUGUAGGUUGAAUUCUGCCAUUGUUGGAACCCCUGUAACAUUGUUUACUACAACUCAGGCUUACAGACCUCCACAGAGUCCUGCCAUGAGAGCAAGAGACUUAACCAUGGCUAUGCAAGACAUUGCUAAUGCAAAGCCAAGACAAAGAAGCCUGCCAAAGAAAAUAUCAAGGAGAAAGGAGAUCACACCUAAAGAGCUCACCAGUGGUGCUUCAUCUGAAAAAACGUAUGACUCAACUGCAGAAGGCUUCAAAGAGGAAGGAUUAUUGGUGACCAGUCAAUAUGGGCAAGAUGGUCCAGCUGCCGAAGAAGAAGAACAAGAAAGAGCUGGAGAGGAUGUGCCUGAUGGAGCGCAGAUCAGCAAAGCUUUUGAUAAGCUGUGCAAUAUAGUGAGAGAAAGAAUCCGAUGCUACCAGCGACCAGAAGCCAAAACUGAAAUCUAUACUAAAGGGCGUUAUGUACUUGUCACAGGAGAGGGAAGCUAUGAUGAUGCCUCCUUCCAGUCCGUUUCUGUUCCUCCUAGAAACGGUGAGGUCACUGUUUCGGACCGUGAAGGAAAAAUGCCAAGUGAAGAAGGUGUAGAACUAAUUCCAGGGAUACCUGGACCACUUGAGCAUGAAAAAGAUGGACCGGAAGCCCCUGGAAAGGAAGAGAUGUAUGACAUAAAAGACAUGGAAUAUGAGCAGAAACCAAAAGGCAAAGAAAAGGAGGAGGCAUUUGAACAGGAGGCAAAACCUGAAGAGAAAGAGCCCACUAGACAGGCAGCCACAACAGAACCUGAACAAGUUCCCACACCAGGUCCGAGUGACCGAAUAGAAGCAGGGAUUUAUGUAAGCAAAGAAGAGAAAAAAGAAGGAGGCCCUUUUUUCAGGGCAGUGACCCCACCAAGUACCCUGAGUUACGAGAAGGUGGAAGUGAUGGAAUCCAUUGAGCAAUUCUCCGACGACAAAAUCCAAACAUAUGAAGAAACAGCUAUGAUUGUGGAGACCAUGAUUGAGAAGACCGGCAAGAAGCUGGGAGAUAAAAGCUCGUAAUGUGCCUUCUCAAUUUGUCCUGCUUACAGCCACUCAUGUUGUAAAACCUUGUUGCUUCCCUCAUGAUACCUCUAGUA